GUGUACGUGGAGCUGCGCUUCACCCUGAGAGACUGUAACUCCAUCCCUUGGGUGUCUGGUACCUGCAAGGAGACCUUUAACCUCUUCUACCUCCAGACAGAGGAGCCACACGCCGCCGCCUCCCGCUUCAGACCUGCCGACUACGCCAAGGUGGACACCAUUGCUGCCGAUGAGAGCUUCACACAGACGGACCUGGGAGACCGCGUUCUGCGCCUCAAUACGGAGGUCAGAGAGGUCGGCCCGGUGACCCAGAAGGGCUUCUACCUGGCGUUCCAGGAUGUGGGGGCGUGUAUCGCUCUGGUCUCUGUCAAGGUGUUCUAUAAGCGCUGUCCAUCCACUCUGAGGAACCUGGCAGCGUUCCCAGACACGGUACCAAGGGUCGACUCCUCCUCGCUGGUGGAGGUGCGGGGAGCGUGCGUGGAGAACGCAGAGGAGAGGGACACGCCCAAACUGUACUGUGGGGCGGACGGGGACUGGCUGGUUCCUCUGGGGCGAUGCGUCUGUAGUCUGGGACAUGAGGAGAUUGACGGAAUCUGCCAGG